CACCCACAUUUGUAUUCCACAAAGGUAGAUGUUUGGGCAGUUGUGUCUCUGAAUCAACCACCACAACACAACUAUUCUCACUUCCUCUCAAACUUUCUUCUUCUUCUCUUCUUCGUUGCCAUGGAUCCUUGUCCCUUCGUGCGUCUCAUAGUCGAAUCUCUGGCUCUGAAACUUCCCUCUCCGACCAAACCUCCUCCACUCUCCGGCGUGCAUCCCUCCUCCACCCCUUGCUUCUGCAAAAUCCGCACCAACACCUUCCCCACCCAUACGGCCCUCCUCCCUCUCUCUGCCUCGGCCUCCACCCCCGACACCACCACCUCCGCCCCAGCCUUCCACCUCGACCCCGCUGCCCUCCGCCGCCUCUCCGGAAAGCCUCUCAUCCUCGUCCUCUCCGUCUACAACGGCCCAAUGGGCCGUUCCUGCUGGGUGCGCGGCGCCAAGCUGUUGGGCCGGGUUCAUCUCACCGUUAACUUCUCCACUGCCCUCUCUCACUCCAACACCUUCCACAGCGGCUGGCUCAACCUAGCCGGACCCCACACUACAAGCAAACCAUCGGCCCAGCUUCACCUCGUCGUUCGGUCCGAACCGGAUCCCCGGUUCGUCUUUCAAUUCGGAGGCGAACCGGAGUGCAGCCCGGUUGUUUUCCAGAUUCAGGGAAAUAUCCGACAACCCGUUUUCAGUUGCAAGUUCAGCGCCGAUCGCAACUACAGAUCCCGGUCUCUUCCGUCAGAUUUUACAAGCAAUGGAAGUGGGUGGAGAAGAUCCUCCACAGCUGACAGAGAGCGUCAAGGGAAGGAGAGAAAGGGUUGGAUGAUAAUGAUUCACGAUCUCUCAGGCUCGCCAGUAGCUGCAGCAUCAAUGGUGACACCAUUUGUCCCAUCCCCUGGCUCAGAUCGCGUGUCUCGUUCAAACCCCGGAGCCUGGCUCAUCCUCCGGCCCAACGGAGCCUCAGUGAGUAGCUGGAAGCCAUGGGGUCGUCUCGAGGCGUGGCGAGAAAGAGGCCCUGUGGAUGGGUUGGGCUACAAGGUUGAGCUUUUCUCUGACAAUGGACCAGCCAACAGAAUACCCAUCGCUGAAGGCACAAUGAGUGUGAAAAAGGGUGGCCAGUUCUGCAUCGAUUACAAGGUGAUGAAGGAUGCUGGGUUGGGUUGGAGGUUGCCAGGGGCAGAAGGGUUUGUGAUGGGUUCAACUGUCGACGGUGAAGGCAAAGUUAGCAAGCCUCUCGUGCAGGUUGGUGCACAGCAUAUCACCUGCAUGCCUGACGCUGCUCUCUUCAUUGCGCUAUCAGCUGCAAUCGAUCUCAGCAUGGACGCAUGCAGGCUUUUCUCGCAUAAACUUAGAAAGGAGCUUUGCCACCAUGAACAAAAUUCCCUAUCAUAGCUAGCUUCCUUCCUAUGCCUCAAAAUCAAACAUCCUGUUUUAUAGAUAAAGAUGCAAUCUUGAAACCAAGACAUUAUUAUCAUCAAUAUUCUUUUUGCCUUCAUCUGGGAGUGCUUGAAGCUUUAGCUGAUUUGGGUUGUUAGUGUUCUUAUGCCUACCUCUACAAUUUGUUUCGUCUUUGUAUUCAGAGUGUUGGAAAAGGAUAUCGCAAGCAGUUGCUGUAGUACCUACAAGUUGGGUUUUUUUCAGCAGCUCACAUUUUAGGGGUGUGAUUUAACAGCUGAACCACAUUGUCUGGUUAUUGGGUGUAUAGAUCUCAACGGAAGAUUUCAAAUGUACAAAAAUAUUAAAUGCACAUGUCUAUUCAUAAAUAUUUGAAUGCAACUUUCUGUUUAUCA